GCGUCUCGCUUAUGUUCUGAUUCCUCGGUGGUGACGCUUGGGGAGAUCGGGGACCGCGUCUGAUCAGCUCCACGGCCUGCGACCUUGCUGCCAGCCCUCCUCAAUAGUUUCCGCUGGAAUUCACACAUAGGGAAUGCCAUUCUUAUAUCUUAAUGGAAACUCUUCAACAUUCUUAAUCAGGUGAUAACUAUGAAAACAUAUAUUUGCACAAACUCAAUACAGAAUGCCAGGUCUGCCUCUCCCAGCUUGUGAAACUACUUGCAGCCAGUCUAGGACAGCAGAUCACAUGUGCCUUCAGCAUGCACGGGUGCGUUUAAGUGAGGAAGAAGCAUUAGUAGCAGAAGAAAGUCUAUCCAUUUAUUGUAAACCAGUUGAACUCUACAAUAUCCUUCAGCGUCGAGCUAUACAAAAUCCAUCAUUUCUCCAAAGAUGUUUGAGUUACAAGAUACAGGCAAAGAGAAAAAGAAGGAUCCGGAUUAGUGUUUCAUUCCCUGGGAAUGUGAACAGUGAAGUACAACCGCAAAAUUUAUUUCCUCUUUAUGUUCUAUUAGCUCAACCUGAUUCUGAUACCAAUAACUUGGAGCAUUCUGCAGUUUAUCGGCUCAAUCGGGCUUGUUUAUUGACAAGUUCCAAUGAAUUUGGGAAGAGAGACCAGGCAGAAGCAAGUUUUGUUAUCCCUGAAAUUAAGAAACUAUCAGCUGAUAGUCGACUUGGCAGUCUCACCCUCAUUUUUAUUUUUUGUGGGGAACUGGAAGGUGCUUCUGUUGUGAAUCAUCUGUUGAAGGAUAAUGGUGCAUUAUCUUCUUGUGCAACAAAACUUGAAGGAGAUUGCUUUUGGGGCAAGCUGCAGAUUGAAUCACUCUGUUCAUCGCUCGAGAAAUGUGUGAGCUUGAGUUUGGGACAUAGAAUUGAGAUGCUUUCACCCAUCAGCAUGCAGACCAGCAUUCUCAUGCCUACACUUUUGGACCGUGGUAGCCGUCUCUCUUUUCAAACUCAUGCUUCUGAUUCCAUGAGUUCAUAUCAAGUGCAAGUGAGUAUAUGCGCACAAGAGAUUGGAGCAAGACAAAGAUCCCCUUAUGAUUCAUACACAUACAAUGAUGUUCCUGUAUCUUCAUUACCUCAUAUCAUGCGAUUGCGAACAGGGAAUGUGCUCUUCAACUAUAGGUACUACAACAAUACAUUACAGAAGACCGAAGUUACGGAGGACUUCUCUUGCCCCUUUUGUUUGGUGCAAUGUGCAAGUUUCAAGGGUCUCAGAUAUCACCUGAUCUCCACACAUGACCUAUUCAAUUUUGAGUUUUGGGUAACUGAAGAAUAUCAAGCUGUAAAUGUUUCUGUGAGGACAGAUACCUGGAGAAUGGAGGUUGCAUCAGAUGAUGUUGAUCCACGGCUUCAGACAUUUAUCUACUGCAGGACAAAGUCUAAGCGGCGUAGAAAAUUGGAACACGGUCAGAAUAUAAACCAUGUGCACCCCCAUGUUAUGGAGUCCAAUUCUCCUGUAACAGCCCAUGAAGACUCUUAUGAAGGCUGUAUGCGCAAAGAUGCUGGUUCUUGCCCAGUUGAAGAGAAGCUUCCCAGAGCCCAUUUUGGUGAAAAUCAUUUGCUGAUUUCCAGACAUAAAUCUGAAAGUUGUUCAGAGAAUCAUGGUCCUGGAGAAUGCGGUGGGCCUGUCACGUCAAGCUUUGAUACUGUUGGUUUCUGUGCUGCAACAGCCCAAUUGUCUACUAGUAAUGAUUGUUCUCAGCCAUUAUCAGGGAGUAAUCUGAUGCCACCAACAAUGCUUCAAUUUGCAAAAACAAGAAAGUUGUCCAUUGAACGGGCUGAUCCCAGAAACCGUGCACUGCUUCAAAAACGCCAGUUCUUUCAUUCCCACAGAGCUCAGCCAAUGGCAUUGGAGCAAGUAUUUUCAGAUCGUGAUAGUGAAGAUGAGGUAGAUGAUGAUAUUGCAGAUUUUGAAGAUAGAAAGAUGCUUGAUGAUUUUGUGGAUGUGACAAAAGAUGAGAAACAAAUAAUGCAUCUCUGGAAUUCAUUUGUGAGAAAGCAAAGAGUAUUGGCAGAUGGUCACAUUCCUUGGGCAUGCGAGGCGUUCUCCCGGCUUCAUGGAAAGGACCUCGUUCAAAAACCUGCUCUAGUAUGGUGUUGGAGGUUAUUUAUGGUAAAACUGUGGAACCAUAGCCUCUUGGAUGCACGGAGCAUGAACAAUUGUAACAUAGUUCUUGAAAGAUACCAGAAUGAGAGAUCAGAUCCUCCUCAAGAGUAAGGUCAGGAUCAUCUGCCUAAAGGUGGUUGUCACUAAGCUUUACCAAAUUUGAUGAUGCCGUCCAUCAGUUGCAGUUCUCACUCAGCGGCGUGCUUUUGUUCCUUUUGUUUUUGAUAUUUCUAUUCUAAUCCAUUCUUUACGAUUUUGAUUAAAGGUCAUGAGAAGGGGUCAGAGAUGUGUACUUGAGCCGCAUAUGUGAAUGACUGAACUGAUAUAAUGAACGCAAAUUUAUCAUUGAAACUAAAGCAUUGAUUAAUUUUGAUAUGAAUGACUUGA